AUGCAGAAUGUAUUUCGUGACUUGACCGACAUUUGUUCUGAUCACCUGACUGACCUUGACUUUUUUACUUUGUUGACUGAUUUGUACGACACAACAGGUUGGUAUACGGUCUCCCAUGAGGGGAAUCGCUACGGCGUCACCUUUCACAGUCGCGGAUUUGCUAACCAAUUCAUGCAACGUUUGGAAGAACGCUACGGGCGGUGGAACACGGCGAAUAUUUUGAAAAUUCAACGAGAUGGACAGGAUUUUGUGAUCUUGAGUAUAUUUUUUCACGACUUGUUCACGCCUUGGUUCUACACGCAAGGACCGAUCAAAAACGAUGAGGAAUGGAUUCGGACAGACUUCAAAAGUAUUUGCCAAACAGUAAAA